AGGUGCUUUCAGAACCAGAGACCAAGGCUAUGGGAAAGGUUUCUCGAUUCAGAAUACGCCGGACACCAGUCCGUCCUCAGCUAAAGCUCACGCCAAUGGGGCUCCCUCGACCAAUCAGGUUGAACAAGAAGGAAUUUAGUUUGGAAGAAAUUUAUACCAACAAGAAUUAUCAAUCGCCAACAACCAGGAGGACCUUUGAGACCAUCUUUGAGGAGCCUCGGGAGCGCAAUGGGACUCUGAUUCUUACCAGUUCAAAGAAGCUCCGGCGGGCUGUAGAAUUUCGGGACAGCAGCCUUCCUCGAUCCCGCCGGCCAUCUCGUGGCAUCCGAGCUGCACCUAGCAGGACCCUUACUCCCAAGGUGUCACCCAGCAAAGAUGUGGGAGCCCUGCUACAGCAGCGUCUGGAGGAGCUUGAUGCCUUGCUUCUGGAGGAAGAGUUGGAUGGGAAGCAGCCCCAUCAACCCUAGGAGCUCCAGCUGUUUUGUCCUGCCAUCCAUCCUGGAGGGGAAAACCUCUGAAGCAAUUAUAUUUUUUUCCUCUAUAUUUCUAAGUAAAGUUUUCAAUAUGUUUGA